AGAAAGAAAUGGCUAGCUCUUUAAUCACUACAACAAGCACUGCUUUGUUUUCCUUUCUAAUCCUCUACCUAGCUGUUUCUUUCAACAACAUUGCCGCUAAACACCGCCACUCCACCACCACCAAACACCACACGCAUCAUCGUAAUGAUACAGGUGCAUCAAAUCCGCGUCUAGAACAAGCUUAUCAUGCACUUCAAGCAUGGAAACGCGUAAUCUAUUCUGACCCGUUUAACACAACUUCAGACUGGACUGGCCCGUCGGUUUGCAGCUACACUGGAGUAUACUGUGCUCCAUUUCCCAACGACACUGAUAUCAUAACAGUCGCGGGAAUCGAUCUAAACCAUGCAGACAUAGCCGGAUUCCUCCCUAAGGAAAUCGGAUUACUCUCCGAUCUAGCACUCAUCCAUCUAAAUAGUAACCGCUUUUGUGGUAUCCUCCCUCAAACCUUAUCAAACCUCUCUCUCCUCUACGAACUCGACCUUAGCAACAACCGAUUCGUGGGUCCUUUCCCGUCUGUUGUCUUGUCCCUCCCUAAUCUCAAAUACCUUGACCUUCGUUACAAUGAAUUCGAAGGCGCAAUGCCUCCUGAGCUCUUUAACAAAAGCCUCGACGCCAUUUUCAUCAACAACAACCGUUUGACGUCUGUAAUCCCUUCGAACUUGGGUUUGAGCACUGCUUCAGUUGUGGUUUUCGCUAAUAACAAUUUAGGAGGGUGUAUUCCACCAAGUAUUUCCAACUUUGCAAACACAAUGGAGGAGUUGUUGUUAAUCAACACGAAUAUAUCGGGUUGUUUGCCACCUGAAGUAGGGUUUCUAUACAAAUUAAGGGUGUUGGAUGUGAGUUCUAAUAAGCUGGUUGGUGAGAUACCUUAUAGUAUUGCAGGGUUAGCUCAUUUGGAACAGUUGAAUAUAGGGCAUAAUAUGAUGAGUGGUGUAGUUCCUUCUGGUGUUUGUGAAUUACCUAAUUUGGCAAACUUUACGUUUUCUUACAACUUUUUCUUCGAGGAAGAGGGUGUUUGUGGGAAUUUGACGUCUCGAGGGAUGGUGUCCGAUGACCGGAGAAACUGUCUCUUGGAGAAGCCUCUUCAAAGGAGUAAGAAGGAGUGUGAUGCAGUGCUUGAACACCCUGUUGACUGUUUUGAGCAUCCGUGUGGUGAGCACAAGCAUGCAGAAAAUCAUCCUAAAAUGCACCGUACAUGAUGUGUUGAUAUAUAGUUUGUACCCUAUAAUUUGUUGAUUGUGGUCAUUCUAGUUCUAGAAAGAUGUCUUGUUACUAAUGUAAAGUAGGUUGUACAAAUUUUAUAUGUAGAUGUGCACUUCAUGUAUUGUAAUGGUUGUUAAAUAAGGGACAUAAAUAGAGACAUCAUUUUUCA